GUUUUGAUGUCUUGCGUGUUUGGAUUGUUACUAGACGCACCUAAAUGUUUGCAGAAUGGUGACUAGGUAUGUUGCGAGAUGGCUUUGAUCCUGAAUUUGCAACCGAUUUUAACUUUAUCUUGUUUGCCCAAGACAUAAAAACAUGGUUGUGAUAAAGAAAAACUUUGGGGUAUGCUGGCAACUGUUCAGAAAUCAGCUUCUCCAAUCAAGACACGCUUCAUCUUCCACCACACCUUUCAGGUCGGCUCCCAAGACGCACCUUCGCCACAGCUACAUCCACUGUCCAGGCGCCACCCCGCUGACUUCGGCCACGCUCGGCCAAGUCAUCGACCGCGCGGCCUACGACUACAGCAGCACCGAGGCGCUCGUGUUUGUGCACCAGGAUAUCCGAAAAACAUGGCUUCAGGUCAAACAAGAGGCGGACCGGCUGGCGAACAGCUUCCUCUCGCUGGGCCUGGAGAGGGGUGACCGGCUCGGCAUCUGGGCCACCAACCUGUACGAGUGGCAGCUGACGCAGUACGCCGCCGCCAAGGCCGGCCUCGCCCUGGUGAACGUCAACCAGGCGUACCAGACCAACGAGCUGGAGUACUGUCUCAAGAAGGUGGGCAUACGCACGCUGGUGGCGGCCGACGGCUUCAAGACGUCCGACUACUACGCCAUGCUGUCGGAGCUGUUGCCCGAGCUGGCGAACGGAGAGCCCAACGUGCCACUGCAGAUCCGCUCAGAGAGGUUACCGCAGCUGCGAGACAUUGUGAUGAUCACCCAGGAGAGAAAGCGCGGCGUACUCCGCUUCGACGACCUGCUGGACGCCGGCAAGGAGUCGCUUUCUGGCGAGCUGGAGCGGCGCCAAGCGCAGGUCGACUGCGACGACCCGUGCAGCAUCCAGUUCACCUCGGGCACCACGGGCCUGCCCAAGGGCGCUACGCUCACCCACCACAACGUGGUCAACAACAUGCUGAUGAUGGCCGGCCGUGUGGGCUUCGACGCGGGCGGGGCGCGCAUCUGCAUGUCGGUGCCGCUCUACCACUGCUUCGGCUGCGUGGGCGGCUCGGUGAUGGCGCCGCUGCACGGCAACACGCUCGUCUUCCCGUCGCCCGUGUUCAACGCCACCGCGUCCCUGCAGGCCACGCAGGACGAGAGGUGCACCCACAUGUACGGCACCCCGACCAUGUUCGUGGACAUGGUGAACCUGCCGGAGCUGGAGCGGCUGGACCUGAGCACGCUCCGCUCGGGCCUGGUAGCCGGCGCGCCCGUGCCUUUCCACCUGAUGGAGGCCAUGAUUUCCAAGCUGGGCAUGCAGAACUCUGUGGUGGCGUACGGGCUGACGGAGACCAGCCCGCUGUUAACGGUCGGCUUCCCCUCCGAUGACGUGGAGCACCGCUGCGGCACCGUCGGCUACCCGCUGGACCACUGCGAGCUCAAGGUGGUGGACGAGAGCGGCCAGAUCGCGCCGCCCAACACGCCCGGCGAGCUGUGCGCGCGCAGCUACAGCACAUUCCUCGGCUACUGGGACGACGCGGAGAAGACGCGUGCCAGCCUCACUCCGCAGCGUUGGUUCCUUACCGGGUGA